UCUAUCAACCGACGGACGAGCAGUCAACUGAUCAUAUCGUUGCCGACAAUUCACAAAUCAUUCAUUCAAUUAUCACCUACUCCUACUGAAAUUAUUGUACUCCGAUGAGUGAAGAAAGCAAGCAAAGUCACCACCACCAUCACAAGGCGGAAGACGCGGAAGCGCCGCCGCCUCCUCAAUAUGGGACUUUCCAAGGGGUUGCGAACUACCCUCCGCAACCGGUAGUUGGUUUUCCUCAACCGACUGCGCCUCCUGGGGCCACCGGAGCUCCACCUGAGUACUACUCUCACGGCUAUCAGGCCGUUCCAGGCUAUGCGGUUGUGGAGGGAACACCAAUUACACCAGUGAGACAGCGCCGCCUCCCUUGCUGUGGUUGUGGCAUUGGUUGGUUCUUGUUCAUUAUUGGUUUCUUCAUUGCUGCUAUACCAUGGUAUAUUGCCGCAUUCAUUAUGCUUUGUGCCAGAGUGGAUCCUCGUGAGAAACCAGGGUACAUCGCAUGCACCAUUGCAGCUGUUCUUGCUACAAUUGCACUCAUUUUUGGUCUAACUGCUGAUUGAGGAUUUGCAUAUAUAGGAUGCUCUUCUGCAAGGGUAUAUAUAUGUACAUAUCCAAAGUCUGCUCCAAUUAUAAUUUCUGUCCUGUGUUGCUGUUAAACUUUUACUAGUAUUAUUUGUUUUUUGGGAGAAUGGCUUUAAGAUAUAUACUUGGAAUUGCUGUAUGUGAUGGUUGACUACUAACAUUGUACUUCAUAAGAUUUACUUGUGCUUGUGUGUGCAAUUACAAAAACCAGUACAGUGCCUUUGUCUC